UCCCCGAUGAGCUCCAACUCUUUGUCUUUGAAAGGAGGAGGAGGAGGAGAAGGAGAUCGCGCCCUGAGCUGGAGGAUCUGCUCUGUGUGCUCUGAGAACGUGGCUCGUGAAGAAUGCUUGCCUGUUUGGCCAGGGGGAAUUUACUGGAUAUACUGCAAGAGGGCUUCUCAGAGCAGCAACUACAGGCGUACGUGGCCUGGGUGAAUUCCCAGCUGAAGAAGAAGCCAGCAAUAAAGCCAGUGCAGGACCUAAGGCAGGAUCUCCGAGAUGGGGUCAUCCUGGCCACUCUCAUUGAACUUGUAGCUGGUGAGAAGCUGAAUGGCAUUCAGGUCAGUCCCACCAGCCAGCAGGAAAUGAGAGAAAAUGUAGAGAAAGUCCUGCAGUUCGUGGCAUCGAAAAAGAUUCGUAUGCACCAAACUUCAGCGAAAGAUAUCGUUGAUGGGAACCUGAAAUCCAUCAUGAGGCUGAUCCUUGCCUUAGCUGCUCAUUUUAAACCUGGCUCGGGUAGAACAGCCAUUCAAAGCCCAGCCAGCAUGGUGGGGAAGAGCCUUUCAGCAUCAUCAGCCAGUCACAGGCCUCAUUCAGCGGCUGCCAUGGCCCAGGGUGCCGUGGCUGCUCUGGCAGAUGUUCGUCAGGAUGUCUCACGCUCAGGACGUGAUGUUUUCCGGCACAGACAGAGAAACAGCAGCGUCGAUGAAGAAAUUGAGAAUCCCUACUGGAGUGUCCGAGCACUGGUGCAGCAGUAUGAGGGACAGCAGAGCGUGCCCUCAGAGUCUUGCUCCUCCAGUCUCACAUCACCCAGUCCCAUACACAGCACAAAGAGCGAGUCCAUUGCAACCCAGUCAGAGGAGAAGGCAGACUUUGUGAUCAUCCAAGCUGAAGAAACAGAAACCAAAACAGAAGAGACAGACUCUCCAUUUCUCCCAGAGUGGCAGGCCGGAAGCCCUGGGACAUACCUAGAGACCUCCUGGGAGGAGCAGCUGCUGGAACAACAAGACCAUUUAGAAAAGGAAAUGGAGGAAGCAAAGAAGAUGAUUUCAGGCCUGCAGGCGCUGUUGCUCAAUGGGUCAUUACCUGAGGACGAGCAGGAGGGAUCAUUUGUCCUUUGUGAACGUGGAGCCUGUCCAGAAGAGCAGCUGGUCAUAAUCCGAAGUCGUCUGGACCAGAGCAUGGACGAAAAUCAGGACCUAAAGAAGGAGCUACUGAAAUACAAACAAGAAGGGCGAAACCUACAAGGAAUAAAGGAUGCAUUGCAGCAGAGGUUGGCUCAGCAGGACGCUUCAGUUCUUCAGCUAAAGCAGGAGCUGCUGAGAGCAAAUAUGGACAAGGAGGAAUUGCACAACCAGAAUGUUGAUCUGCAGAGGAAGGUUGAAGAGAGGAACAGACUCCUGGGAGAAUACAAAAAGGAGCUGGGCCAGAAGGAUCGACACUUACAGCAGCACCAGGCCAAGCUAGACGAAAUGCUCCGUCAGCUCUCCGAGGCCAGCUACCAGCAGGCAGAUUUGGAGCAGGAGCUGGAGCACAAGGAGGCCCUGCUGGCUCAGUGCAUGAAGAGAGAGACAGAAGAGGUGAUGGGCUACAGCAAUCACAGCACUCAGAGCAACGGCUUCCUCCAGACAGCAGGAAAAGGAGCUGCUCCCACAGCCCACAGAGUGACGAACGACCUGCAGUUGGUGCGUGAUGCCCUCCGCAGCUUGCGGAACAGUUUCAGCGGCCACGACCCGCAGCACCACACCAUCGACAGCCUGGAACAAGGCAUCUCCAGCCUGAUGGAGAGAUUGCACCGCAUGGAGACGCAGAAGAGGCAAGAGAGAAGGGUUCAAGGGAAGUCGCCCGCAAGCCGAGCAGCGAAUGAGUAUCGAGACUCCUGGCCUCCCAACUCCAAAUUGCCUCAUUCUCACAGCACACCCACUAUGAGCAGCAGUGCCUGCACCAAAGUGCUCUACUUCACUGAUCGCUCACUCACACCUUUCAUGGUCAAUAUACCAAAGAGGUUAGGUGAGGUGACUCUGAAGGACUUCAAGGCAGCUAUCGAUCGGGAAGGAACCCACCGGUACCAUUUCAAAGCCCUAGAUCCAGAAUUUGGCACAGUCAAGGAGGAGGUGUUCCAUGAUGAUGACAUCAUUCCUGGUUGGGAGGGGAAAAUCGUAGCCUGGGUGGAAGAGGAUCAUGGGGAAAAUUAAUCAGACUCUUGGGUCUUGUUAUUGUG